CAACCAUCGUCUGCGGCUCCAGUCACGGUCAGGCUCGUAUCACCACGGUCAGUGAUCAGAUCGAAUCCAGGAACCUGUCCUUGCUUAUCCUGCCGGAUGGUGGGUAAACAAGCAAGAGCCUGAUGGUGCGAGCAGCCAUUUAAGAUGCAGGUUUCCUCCCGCCCUCAAACGUCUUGCCUCUCCUCUCCUCCAACCGUUCUUUAACUGUCCAGUCGCUACACACGUGCACUUACACUCGCUCAUAUUUGCACUCAACCAGAAGCGAUCCACCACAAACAUGAUUGCCAACAUGCGUCUUGCCCUCGUGGGCGCCCUCGCCGGUUCUGCUGCCGCUCACCAGUACAGCAACACCACCAGCUCCGCCGUCAGUGACCACGUUACCUACACCACGGAGACCGUCACGGCCAUCACCACCUACUGCCCUGGUCCUACCACCAUCACCCACGGCACCAAGACCUACACCGUGACCGAGGAGACCACCCUCACCAUCACCGACUGCCCCUGCACCAUCACCACACCCGUCACUCCCCUGCCCACUCCCACCGGCCCUGCUGUGGACGAGUGCGCCGCCGCGUGCACCGAUGAUGCCUUCCGCAAGUGCCAGGUCACCCCAGGCUCCAACAAGUCGACCUGCGCCUCCAACUACGCCCAGUGCUUGGGCUUCAACCCCUUCAACAACAACGGUACUCUGGUCGAGCCCACCGCCUGCUCCGGCACCCCCAUCUACACCACCGAGACCGUCACCACCCUCACCACCUACUGCCCUGAGCCUACCACCUUCACUCACGGCACCAACACCUACACUGUCACCGAGCCCACCACGCUCACCAUCACUGACUGCCCCUGCACCAUCACGCACUCUGUCGAGCCUGUGCCCACCACGCAGCCUGAGCAGCCUCAGCAGCCUGAGCCCACCACGCAGCCUGAGCAGCCUCAGCAGCCUGAGCCUACCACUCAGCCUCCCGCUGGCCAGCCCGAGACCACUGUCCAGCCUCCCGCUGAGCAGCCCGAGAGCACCACUUCGGUGCCGCCCGUCGAGAUGCCCAGCACCACCCCCGGUGCGCCCGCGCCCGUCCCCGGCGCGGCCAACAAGGUCGGCGGCUCGGCUGCGGCUCUCCUCCUCGCUGGUGUCGUUGCCCUGUUGUAAGGCGGUCGGCCGAGAGGACAUGAGAGAAGGAGUGGUUUUUUUUUAAUUGAUCAUUCGUUGGCGGAAAGAUAUUUCACUUCUGAUAGAUGAUAAUGAGUUUAAUGAGAUGAUUCCCACUCUAUGAGUACAUGUUC